UCAGCCCACAUACGACAGUAAAAAAAGUUUAGACUAGUAUAGGAAAACGUGUGAAAUUGCUUUUUAAUGUAACGUAAUAAGUUUGAUUUUUAUCAAAAUUAUAUAUUGAAUAGUACACAUUCAGCAGUGUGUUAUCUAUAUUGUGUGUAGGGAUAUGGCGAGCAAACAGAAACAACGCACGAAAGGCAACAAACGGCCAUCCAGUAGUGGGCGUGCAGCAGAGCUCCUGGCACGAGAUGGAAGCGGUGGAGCAACAGCGUCCGGAUUCAUCGGCUUCGGAACAAUGUCAGGUGACCUUGGUUAUGUUCCUGCUGCCCAAUCACUGAGUCUGGAAUCGGAUCAGGACUCCUCGUUGGAGUCCGACUUCCGUAUGGCCCUGAGGAAGCUGACCAAGAGAGAUGUGGUUACCAAACUCAAGGCCAUACAGGAGUUUGGUUUAUUGUGCAAAGAGAAGGACGCUGAUGCAGUUAAGGGCACUCUGCCUCACUGGCCAAGGAUCUACAGUAGACUAUCAACAGAUCAUGACAAGAGAGUUCGUGAGGCCACACAGCAAGCAUUCGAGCAGCUCAUUCUCCGAGUUCGUCGUAACUUAGCACCCCAGCUUCGCGCCUUGAUGGGCUGUUGGCUACUCUCUCAGUGCGAUACGUACGCCCCCGCUGCUCUGUCUGCGAGGGCAGCCUUUCAGAGCGCCUUUCCGCAGGGCAAGCAGGGAGAAGCUGUCGCCUUCUGCAAGACGGAGGUCCUGAGGUACUUGGAAGAUAACCUUUUUAAGGAGACACAAGCUUCUUUAAGUGAUCCACGGUCCUUCACACCGGAGGAGCAAGAGGAGAGGUACACCCGCUUGCUGACCUGUUCUCUCUUAGCUCUUGGAGAGUUUGCGACUUUGCUUCCAGAGAAGGAACUGCCCUCUGUCCAGGACGUGCUGUCAUCCAUCGUAGCGGAGGCAAAGUUUUGGAAACUUGCCAAGAACAAAUCACCACAGCUGAGAAAUGCCAUGUACUCAGUCCUCGGUAGCCUGAUCCAAAAUACGCCCUCUAUAGCCGAAGGUGAACUAGCCCGAGUUUCUACUACCUUGCUAGGGAGUCUUGAUGAAUCAGACCCCCUAACUGUACAGUGUCUUUGGGAAUCGGUGCUGUUCGUCAUUUCAACAUUUCCAAAUUGUUGGAUGCAUGUUAACAUGAGGAAAGCCGUCCUUCCUAAGCUGUGGGUAAUGCUGAGAAAUGGAGGCUCUGGAAGUGCUACUGUUAUAUACCCUAAUCUGCUUCCUCUACUCAGUCAUAUACCAGCUGAGGUCAUCGGAACGGGAGUUGAAUUCUAUCAGGAACUCUUCGGCAACCUCAAAGAAGGGUUGGGAUCAUCAUCAGCGAGGCACAGUUCCAGUGAAUACGGUGCUGUUGUCAAGGCAUACAUGGAGUGUUUACGAUACGCCAUCUCUCAGACCAUCACCGAGGGCGCUGUUACCGAUUGUCAGACUGUGCAGAACUACCUCAUACAGGAUCAGCUGAUGCUGUUCAUUGUUCAAUCAAUAACUGAAGAAGGAACUCAUCUAGCAUCAACCUCACUGUUCGUCCAGACCUCCAAGCUACUCUCACAUCUUCGUAAGCAGCUCAGCACAAACACCACCUCAGCUCGACAUAUCCUGGACAUUUUCUGGGAAAGUCUCGGAAGUAUCUGCAGCGAGCACGUCUCUCUGGCUGAUGCUGAUGCAACGUCCGGUAGAUCUCUUGAGAAGAUCUCAAUGCUACUUACACAACUCGUGUCGCAAGAGAAGCUACAGAAGGCCAAAAUGACCAAGAAGUUAAGCGUGUCUUUCUCCGUUGACGAAGGUAGCGGGCAGUGUCUACCAGUAGAGCAAAAGUCCAAAUUAGCUCGGCGACCAACUUCAGCAGAUCAUCCGGAUUUAAUGCAUCUGGUGAGGAGUCUUGUUAAGAGUAGCUGUUCAGCUGCACAAGGCGGUUCCAUUGUGCAUCUAAGAUUUAUGGAAAGGAUAUUUGACACUUUCCAGCAACCAGAGGUGUUCGCAGAGCUUCUUGGGAUGCAGGAAAACGAAGGAGUGAAGGUUGGUGAGACAAAACAAACUCCAGAGGUGGAAAUUACCAAAUCAGAAACAGAGAGUGCUCAGUCACAUGAAGGGGAGACUUCAAAAUUGGUGUCAGAAGCUGGAGCUGUUCUCCUGAGGUGUUUCAGACAGAUUCUGUUGCCUUGGGUCCAGUCGGCGGAAACUUCUUCAUCUGGGUCUAAGGACGAUACUGUGUAUCAUGUCGUUAACAUCGUUGAGACAACACUCCAUUGCUGUGAGGAUGACACGUCCAAAAGAACAAUGCUAGAUGAGUUUUGUAAAGGGACAAGAAGGCCACAGACGUUGCAUCACCUGAUCAAAAAGACACUACACACCUCCCAUGACCCAGCCAUCACUUCCUGGCUGAAGUCGCCCAUUUUUGGUGAGAAGCUCCUGGAGCUGUCUGACCAGCUCUGCUCUCAAGCUCUUGAUGGCCAGACGGACGGCUCAUCAUCCCAGAGCUGGGGCCUGAUCAACUUAGGACUGUCUGUCCAGCACGAUGAAGAACCAGCAGUUCAUGCCAGCUAUGCUGAAAAGAUCCUGGGCAAGUUCACGGCUACCUUACUUAGAUCAAAGGUCAAGGUGGAGGGCAACGAGCAGAGGGUUCACAACUGCAUCAGUUUUAUCUGUGACGUCGCGACCAAUUUCUUCAGUGUGGUCAAGGGCUGUCUGCUGAUUACGUCAGCAGAGGACCUCCUGCUUGCGCUCUUCCAACUUGGCUCAAAAGAGGCUACACAGUUUCCAGAAGGGCUGCAGCAGAAAGUCUUAUCAGCCUGGACGAUAGGGGCGGAGUCACUGAUCAAACAGACGGGGGGUUUCCUGAAGGAUGAAGGCUUCCUAUGCAAGGCUGCGGCGUGGAUAAAGAACUGCCUUGCCCAAGGUCCACAUACCAUACACAGUAUUAAUUUGUUAGCCAAGCCAGCCGUGACACUCUGUGACAUCAUAUUAAGAAGCCUGCCGUCAAUCAUGGACCCAGAUGCCCCUGGUACGGAUGAUGAAGACACACCGGGCUCUGACUCUGACUCCCCAAGUAUCGCCGAGAGCUUCUUGAACCUUCUGGUUCCCACCGAGACAGAAUGGAACCAAAGCCUCAAUAUGCCAAGUCAGUGGAUGGCAUCAUUGUUUCUAGACGAGACCUUAACUUUCACUGCUCUUCCAGAGCUAACCCAAGCUGACCCCAUCGUCAUGCCGACUGGUCUGGUCCAAUCUGCAUUCGUGGCUGCUCUUCUCAGCCAUCCGGAAAGGGUCAACGAAGGAGAACUGAAAGAAGUGACGGACACAGUGGGCGGAGCCGGCGUCAAUCAGGAGGAGUCUUCAGGAUGUUUUGCUUUGCUACCAUUACCGUGGAGAUAUGAUAUCAUAGCUCCACUGCUCGCAAGGAUGCUGUAUAGUUUACAGUGGUGUAAAGGAACGAUGGGAUUGAAUGCAGUGACCAGACAGAUUCCAGUUGAGAGUCUCCUUGUAGCGGCACCGUCCUACUGUUCUCAGGUUGCCAUGGCGAUCGAUUCAACACUGGAAAGCUUGUGGAAAAGCCUGACCGGCGAGAACUGGAAGGCGUUGGUGAAAGAGACUUUAGAAAUGUCUUUGGUAGAUGGGCGCCUAUGGUCCUCUUCAUUAACUUAUCUACUUAGCUGCCAUUCAAGACAUCAAGGCAAACAUCAGGAACUAGACGUGUUACAGAUUGCUCAGGGAAUGGACAGAUUCUCUGUGCUGUGGUUGUCUGCUAUACAUACCCUGGAGGCUGCCAUACCUUACCUCAGCAAGGAGCAGACGUUGCAGCUGUUGGAGAUAAACACAGCCAAGCUGCUGUCAGCCAAGGAAGAGAUGUUGGUACAUGUUGACGGUGGCCUUGGUAGCAUGUCCGUAGUGACGGCCAUCCUCAGACAUCCUGAUACCUUUGACAGCGUCAAUCACUCCAGUAUGAUGGCUGGAUGUAUCAAUCAACUCGUGCAAUGGAGACAGGAUUAUGCAGACUCGUUCCUCUUUGGCUGUGACAUCAAUGAAGCGGUUGUCUUGGAUGAUGUAUUCCUAAACAUAAAGAUGAUGCAGCUGAUGAGGCUGGCUAUUGAGAAGUUACCCACAGCCCUGAGCGAACAGCACUGGGACUUUGUGCUGUGCUCGAUUGUAGCUUGGAUUCAGACUUGUAGUCAGAGUAUCAAAUUUGCCCAACCAUCACCCCUGAUUGCCACCUUCUACUGUGUAACCUUUGACCUCUUGACCUCUGCUGCGACCUUACUUGGCAGUCGUUCCGGCAGUGUGACCUUGCCAUCCAACCUGUACACAGAGUGGAGAGAGUUCUACAGUGAUGGCAUCUUCUUGUUGAUGUUGCCCAUGUUUGUUACUAUUGUGGAGAGGACAGACUUGAAUGAACUGACAGUCCAUAGUCAUUGUCUACUCCAGUCGGCCGCAGACGCCGUCGUCAGCAUGCCAGCCGAACAGGUGAAGAAACACACGCUUACAUCCAAGGCUUUAGCGUCUGGAGCGAAGACUAAGUCAAGGGACAAGGUUCAAGCUAGCGCUGAUCCCAACGCGGCUGAGGGCAAGAUGCAGAUCUUGCUGGAGCGACUGUGUCCAAUGCUGAUCAAGACGGAUAGAUCGGCUAAACUGGCUGCCUUUCAGCUUCUUGAAAAAGUGAUGGAUGAAAUUGCCAGAGCAGAUGAAGAGCAUCUUAGAGACAAUGACGAUAAAGACAAGAGGGAGGAGGAAUCAUCAAUUCCUCCCCCAGAGCAGCUGAAGAACAUCCUAGACUCUGCUUCAGCCUUCAUGGAAGCAAUCCUCACUGACGUCCAAGUGGGUGAAUGCUUAACCCUGGAUCCCAGUAGCACCGGGUACUAUCAGAGCAUGUCUAGUGUCUUGACUUACCUGCUUGUAUGGAGACUAUACCUCAAGAUAUUCAAGUCUGCUUCUGCUGAGGUCAGAGCCGAGUACGCAAACUACCUUCGUCUGACUGGCGGGGUACCAACCUUGAUGAUGAACCUCUUCAGACUGAUGCCCGACCCACCGGUAACCAGUCUAGUAGUGGACCAGAGUGUGAAGGGAAGUGCACCACGGAGUAUGUUUGGUACUACACCAGUAAUGAAGGCUAAAGGUAUUUUCCCCAGCCAGGAGGAGAUCCACCACCAGGCCUGUGCAUUAUAUUCCACUACCCUGGAAGAUCUACCGGCCAUGGUCCGUCAGUGGUGGACCAGCCAGGAUAAAAAGAUUGCUCCCAUUGUUGACAGGUUUACCACGAAGUACGCAAGCCCCCUUCUCUGCACCCAAGAGGUUCAGGAUGUCCAGACCGCCACGCAGACCUUCGAGAACAUGACCGUCAAGGCGCGCUCAGCAACGCGCGAGGUCAUCGCGACGUACACGAUGCAGGAUCUCUCCAUGGAUCUGACAGUGCGAAUCCCGGCCAAUCAUCCGCUCGGGAUUAUCACCGUGGACAGCGAGAAGAAAGUCGGUGUUGGGACGACCCAGUGGAGGAACUGGACGCUACAGCUGUCAACGUUUCUGCGAAAUCAGAACGGAAGUAUCAUGGAUGGCCUGACGUUGUGGAAACGGAACGUGGACAAACGCUUUGAAGGUGUGGAGGAUUGUAUGAUUUGUUUCUCAGUCAUCCAUGGUUCCAAUUGCUCCCUGCCCAAGCUACAAUGUAAAACCUGUAAGAAACGCUACCACUCCGCAUGUCUGUACAAAUGGUUUAGUACCAGUAACCAGUCUACAUGUCCACUCUGCCGGAGUCCAUUCUAGCCGCAGUCAAGUCUUGGUGCUGACCAUUAUCGCUACUACUCAAGGUAACCUAAUCACGCACGUUGACCAGCCACUGGACAUCAUUCAACUGCUCGGAGCUGUGUAUGGUGGCACAUUUAAAUGUACAUGACUGUGCAAAUCAAUCGCUUUCUGUCUUGGUAACAUUUUCCAAUGAGUUGAUCGACAUUUUGGAAACCACUGAAUAUGGUUUUUCUUUUGAAAAUACUUGCAACAAUGGAACCCUGACUUGAUAAAGGAAAGGUGACAGAUUCUCUUUUUAAGCUCAGAGAUUUGAUGUUUUCGUUUUCGUUUAAAAAAAAUAUGGGUAGGCACUCACCAUUAGUCACGCAACCUUGGCCGGAUGAGCCAAGACACAGGCAAGACAACAAAGAUUCUUGUAGUAAGCACAGAGAUUUGAUGUUGUCCUGUGAGAAAAUUUAAGUAGAGGCACCUACUUUGAUUCAUAGAAUCUUGGCUGUGAGCCACGGCCAUGAUAAUCCACCGUGAUGUGCUGGAAUUACGGAACGCUCCGACUUGCCUCCUAUUUCAGCGGAAAUGAUAAACAAUAGUGGCAGGCAGUCCAUUCUUCUAUACCACAUCUGAACAACAACAACAGGAUAAAGGUCUGGAAUCAGGGAUUGCUCGUAACAACCUACAGAAAAGGGACUUUACGAGGCAUGAUUGCCAGUCCCUGGUGUCCCUGUUUGUACGGGUGAAUUGAAGAGUAGCAUGGUAUAUGUAGCUGCCUGCAUGCGCACACUGCUUUAUUGAAUGUGCAGCUAGAUACUUCCGUCAGCCGUCCAGGUUCCCAACAUAAAAUUAAGGGGGCUCUGUAGUUGUUGCAGUUGAACUUAUAAUAAUAAUAAUAACGGAAACUUACAUAGCGCCAAAGUCCGCCUAAAAGACGCUCAAAAAAAUCUUCCACCGUAGGCAAAAAAAAAUUUGGCAGAUAUACUCAGCAACCGAUGUGAAGUCGUUAUCAAUGGGAGAUUUUGGAACGCUAGGUGGCAGCAGACUCACCAGGUAAAUGUUCAUUGUGUUAGUAUAGUUCUAAACAUGUACGUUCAUUUCCAAGAACAAUGGAUUUACCUGUUAAGUCUGCUGCCACCUUGUUUGCCCAAAAGUCUUUCAUCGAAGUAGACAUGUACAUGAGCUAAAAAUUAUUUAAUUUUUAGCUGUCACAUCUUGACUUAACGUGCUAAUAUAAAUUGCCUGCAUGUAAACUUUACCUCAUUACCUUGUAACUUUAAAAAGUACUACUCAUUUAAUGUUUUACUGCAAAAUCUCUCCGUUGUUAAUUUCAAAAUCCCUUUGGGGAGGCAUCAGGCAAUUCCUUUGUUUCUCAUGCUACAUUGACCUCAGGGAUCGACCACAGGGUGUGAAGAACACAUUGUAUUACUUUUUGAAAGUUGUCAAUUGUAAUUGCAAAUUUACACAAGGGCCCAAUUUCAUUAAGCUUGUAAGCAAAACAUUUUGCUAAGCAUAAACAUUUUUUUGCUUAGCUAGCAGAAACAGGUGAUCCGCCAAUGCUACAUCAAGAUUACAUUGAAUGCACCCAAGUCGUUUUUUCGCUCAGCAAAGAAAUUUCCUCAGCAGUAUUCGCUGUAAAACAGCUUUAUGAAAUUGGGCCCUGAUCAUACCUAGGAUUAUCAUAUCUGAUAUGACACACAAUAGUAUUUUGAAAACCCAUGUUUAUUAUUAUUAUUAUGUUGGUCGAAGUCGCAAACAGAUGUUGUGAAUUUUUAUGGUUAAUUAUUGUACAUACAUACACAUCUUUAAUGUGGGAAUGAAACAUCUGUUACUUACUCUUGAUCAUGAGAACAUUUAAACGCAUUAAGUAUGUCAAUAGGCUUACCGCUGUGUGUUAUCAAAAAAAUUGAUAAUCUCAUUGCACGUACAGAUAAGCUUGUAAUCUGUUUCAACGAACAGGUUUUGUUGACCAGGGCCCAAUUACUUAAAGCCUGUAAGCACGAAAAGUUGCUUAGCACGAAAUUUCUUCCUUGAUAAAAACAAGAUUAUCAACCAAACUUGAAUUAGUUGCAUACAUGUAUUGCUUGGUACAUGUAUUCAGCUGUUGUUUGCUUACAUGUAUCCUAAAAUACAUGUGGAAGUUUGGGUUGGUAAGCCUGAUUUUAUCAAGGAAGAAAUUUCAUGCUAAGCAAAGUUUUGUGCUUACAGGCUUUCUGAAAUUGGCCCCAGUAAUUUUACUUGCUCACAGAAGUUCAACUUGUGUAAGCUGGGGGGGGGGGUGAACACUUCUCGUGAAUUGUUAAAUGGACGUGCAAUGUACAGACUCAAUAAUCAAUGUAGAAAAAUCUCUUCAAAGGCAGAAAGGAUACAAUAAAAUGAAAUAAAUCUUUA